AGGAAAUCAUCAUUUUCCUUCCCGGCGGUUGUUGUCCGGUCCCCCCGAGAAGACUUGACUCGACUUUUCCAACUAAGAAGGUUGACUUCAGGUUUUCUCGUGUUGCAAUCCAGCUCAGACGCCGCAGGUACUUCUUCUCGCCCUGUAACUAAGCCGACCCAAAGCCUCCUCUCCGAGAUGAUGCAGAUCAGCAGCGACCCGGCCAGCAACAAGCACUCGCUCAUCAACGUCAUGCACCGCUUCAUCGCGGCCGCCAACAACAUGGACGAGACCAUCAUGGUGCCCAGCCUGCUGCGGGACCUGCCGCUGGAGGAGCGGGCGGCCAGCCGGCCGGAGGCCAACAACAACGAGGCGCCGUGCGCCAACAAGCAGCGGGACAUGUACGAGCACUACCUGCUGGUCAAGUCCAUCAAGAACGACAUGGAGUGGGGCCUGCUGAAGCGCGAGAUGAGCAGCGGCGCCAGCUUCCUGGAGAUGGCGGUGAAGCAGGAGGAGCAGCAGCCGGUGACGGGCGACCUGGUGGUGGACGACAACGCCGACCUGGAGCACCAGUUCCACUACCACCUCAAAGGACUGUUCGGGGUUCUGUCCAAGCUCACCAUGCAGGCGGACCACCUCACCAACCGGUACAAGCGGGAGAUCGGAGGAGGGAACUUCAUGAGAUAGAGGCCGCCGGCCUCCCUCUCUCUCUCUCUGUCUCUGUCUAUGUCUCUCGCCCCGGACUGCUUAACUUAGAACACUGGGAUGUUUUUGUGACGUGUUGGUGGACGGUGAUCCGAUCAGGGCUCUCAUUCUUUCUCUUCUGACACUCCACCCCUUCUCCUGAAACCAGUGAUGCCGGCACCCAUCCCUGGGGGGGGGGGCCCCGGUCCGGAGGCCGCCGCCGCGCGCGGCGGAGGUGAUCUCUCUCUCUCUCUCUCUCUCUCUCUCUGAAAGCCAGAUGAAGCCCAGCUGGUCUACGCAGAACCCCGCCCUCUCACUCUGUCUCGUCUUAAAUUGUAAAUUUCUGUAUGAGAGUUUAAGAAAAAAAAAGAAAAAAAGUUUCCUUGUAGGAGAUGUCGAAUGCUGGUUGUUCUGUCCCUCCUUUUUUAUAAAGGAUCUUAAAGCUGAGCUGAAGGGCUCUUACCUGCAGAAGGUGUCAAUCUUUCCACUCUGGUGUGCCUUGACUUCCUGUCCCCGCCUGCCCUGGUCGGCUCACCGCGACUGUAACCGCUCAUUCGUUUGUCCAUGGAUAUUUCAAAACCAGUUUUAUAUUGCUGCAGUACGACAGAAAUAAACGAUAAACCUGACCUUUGCUUCCACCUUCACUGACUUAACACGAUUUGUGACAUUUUAUAGCAGCGGCUGCUAUAAAAUGCAGAGUUUUCCUCGGUCUGCUGCUCGUCCAGUUCCCGAUUUCCCUCUUUAACUAACGCUCAC